AAGGAAGUCCUCUAAGUGCAUGCAGCAGGUUUCACUUUCAUUUCAAAUUGUGACUUUGUCAUCCUUUAGACAAUUUUCUUGUCUACACAGGAGAGAAAGAUGUCAAAACUGGAGUUAGACCCUGCAGCAAAGAAGCAGGUGGAUGAGUUUGCAAAAAACCUGUCUAAUGAGGUAGAGCACCAUGUGGCCAAAUCCUUUCCUGAUAAAAUCGCACAGUUGGAUGCUUUUCUCAAGGAGCCAGCUCUGAAUGUCAGUGACCUCUCUACACUAAAAGCAGAACUUGACAUCCCAAUCCCUGAUCCAGAGAAAGACAAGCUGAAGGAGAAGGAAAAGAAGAAGAAGAAGAAAGAGAAAGACGAUAAGGAUGAUAAAUCAAAAUCAGAUGAUGAAGAUUCAGGUCCACCUUGUGGUCCUGUCAGCAGUAAUGAAAAAAUCACAGCUCUCCUGAAUAGACUUAAACCGGAAAUUAAGGAGGUCAAGGAAAAACUCAGCUUGGUUGCCGUUUGGGUGCAGAUGCAUAUCCCCAAGAUUGAAGAUGGGAAUAACUUUGGUGUACAAGUUCAGGAAAAAGUGUUCGAGUUAAUGACUAAUAUAAGGACAAAACUGGAGGGGUUCCAGACACAAAUUUCCAAGUACUUCUUGGACCGUGGAGAUGCUGUGGCCAAAGCAGCAAAGCAACCACAUGUGGGGGAUUAUCGGCAGCUCGUGCAUGAGCUUGACGAGGCAGAAUAUGCUGAGAUUCGUGCCAUGCUGCUCGAGGUCAGAAACACUUAUGCUAUUCUGGUUGACAUCGUCAUCAAGAACUUUGAUAAACUCAAGAGGCCACGUGGAGGAGAUACAAAGAGACUGAUUUACUAAGUAGAUCAAUUGUUGCAUACCAAGCUGCAGAGAAGCUGACCUCAGAGCACCUUCGCAACUAGCUGUUAGUUCGUUUUCUGUGCAGAGUAGCAGCAUGUCUAAUCAAUAUUACUGCAUGUUAAAUUUCAGCUGUUUUAUUUUGGUUUCUUUUUUGAAUAAAUAAAUAAUUAAAAAAUAGUUAAA